CAGCCCUGGCGGGGCGAGGGAUUGGGGUCAGCUCCGCGGGAGCAGCUGUCGGUGCAGCCCCGGCGGAGGGCGGUGAGGGGGUGCCGUGCCCCCCAUGGAGCACGAUGGCGGGUGUAUUGGGACCGCUCCCGUCCCGGCUGCGCUCUCCAUCCUCUCCCCGAGGGGCGUGUGGGGAUUUGCCUCUCACGGCUGCUUUCUGCCUUGUCCCUGUGGGACCAGCUGGCCGGGAUACAUCUGCCAGGGCAGGGCAGGCCAGGGGGAUGAGGCCGCAGUGUUCGGGGCAGGGCAAGCACAGCCCCGCUGCACGGCUCCUGCUGGGGAAGUUCCUGUACGGGAUCCUCCAGGGACUGUGAGGAGCGAGGGUGAAGCUUUUUGACAAGCUGGUGAAUUUUACUGGAGAAAACUUAGGAUGUCAGGCUUUUCUGGGUUUGGCUGGGACAUCUGCAGAUGGCACAAGAGGAGCCGGUGUCCUGUGAAUCUGGUCUUAGGGGACUUUGCCCCAGGUUACCAGGAUCUCACAACUGGAGCCGAACUUGAGGAUGUUUAGGCAGCACAGGAAAAUUUUCCCCCUAAAGGAGUUUUAGCCCACUGGCCAUCCAAGCUGAGCAAUGUCUUCACUUUAUUCACAAGACCACAAGAUUUUUCCCUGACUGUACGUCUGAGGCCUGUUAUCCCGAGACCCUGCAAUUAAGAGCUCGCAGAAAUCCUGCCCAAAUUAAGUGGUGAGCUGGGGAGCAGUUGGGAAGGUCCACAGAGAGCCAGGAACCAACAAAUCAUCUCAGCACCUAAAUGAAGCAUUAAAUCUGUAGAUCUGUUGUUAUCUGUCUGAAACUUCGCCAGGGAACGCUCCUAAUCGAAAUGGCAGAAAAGGUGAAUAACUUCCCGCCGCUCCCCAAGUUUAUCCCUCUGAAACCAUGUUUCUACCAGAAUUUUGCUGAUGAAAUUCCCAUUGAUUAUCAGUCUCUGGUGAAGAGAAUCUACCACGUAUGGAUCUUUUACUGCAUCACACUGGUAGUGAAUAUAAUUGCGUGCCUAGCAUGGUGGAUCGGAGGAGGCUAUGGGGUCAAUUUUGGUUUGGCCAUUCUCUGGCUUAUCCUCUUCAGUCCCUGCGGCUACGUCUGCUGGUUCCGACCUGCGUACAAAGCCUUUCGGUCGGACAGCUCGUUUAAUUUUAUGGCCUUUUUCUUCAUCUUUGGUGCACAGUUUAUUCUCGCGAUCCUGCAGGCGAUUGGUUUCUCUGGAUGGGGAGCUUGCGGAUGGUUGGCAGCCAUUACUUUCUUUAGCACCAAUGUUGCAGCUGCCGUGUUCAUGCUGUUUCCUGCCAUUAUGUUUACAAUGUCAGCGGUCGCAAUGCUCAUCUGCAUUUUAAGGGUACAUAAAAUCUACCGAGGGGCUGGUGGAAGCUUUCAGAAAGCUCAGGACGAGUGGAACAGCGGCACGUGGAGGAAUCCCCCCAGCAGGGAGGCCCAGUACAGCAACUUUUCUGGGAACAGCCUGCCAGAGUAUCCCACAGUGCCCAACUAUCCCCCUGGAAACCAAUGGCCUUAAGCAGCAACAGCUGCAAACUGCCUGGAUUCUCUUCUUUUUGGUCUUUUUAUUAUUGUUAUGUGAAAAGAUCAUUUGCAUUCCCCCCCCAAGCACCCCAGUCAUCUUGGGGACCUUUUUUUUUCAGUUUUUGUCUCCUCAUCACUGCAGAAGAUAUGUGCUGUCAGCCCUUGCCAUCUCUGGGGCUCUGCACGGCCUCAUCAGAAAGAUUUUGUUUGUUUGUUUGUUUGCAUUGAGUUACCAGUAUUUGCCUCGUUGCAGACUGAAGAACCAACCAUUCACUGCCCUUGCUUGAGGGAAUCCCCUCGUGACCAGAUGUGAAGAAGGCCGACUUCCCCACGAUGGUGAACACUACCACGACUGCUCCUUCUCCUGCCUCCCUGCUUAGUUUUCAUCACGUGCACAGCACACCGCCAAGUCAUCCGUAAUUGUAACAAACGCAAUCAGAGCAUUAGUAGCAACUGGUGUUUACUCUCCUGGAUGAAUAAUCUGGAAUUUUUCACUCUAAGGGAAAUGCAACACCUAAAUUAUUUGGUACUAGUGAUAUUGAAGGUAUUUUUAAAACCUACAACCUCAUUUGCUAUGCUCUCUGGUGGAGAAUCCUUUAGAUAAUGGUGCUUGCUGUGGGUGAGUGUUGUUCAGAUGUGAAGUCCACAAGAGUCCUUGUUUGCCUGGCUAGGGCUAUUGUUAUGCUAGAAGUCUUGCUUUCCCUGCUGCCAAAAGUUUUUGCCAGAUCUGUGUGCUUCAAAGGUACAGAGUCAUCUCAUUUGGUUAAUGAUUGCUCGCUAAAAGCCUGAUUCAAAGCCCACUGGCUGACAUCGGGCUUUGGACUGGGCUACCUGGGUGCUGUUCACCCUGUUACAGGUAGACAGCACGAGAUCUCUGUCCAUCUAAUUCCUUAUGUGGCAUCCAGGUUGCGUGCUGACCCAAGAAAUGCCCCAUGGGACAUACCUUGCCCUGCUGGGACACCCUCUUUUCUGGGCUCCCAGCCAGUAGCCGGAUGCAAGAUAACUAUUGAUCUCAGUGCUGGGGCCCUGGUGUGGUUUGGGAAUAAUUCUAUUAUGAUGAAUGGUUUUAAUUCUGCCUUCUACAGAUGCAGCUGAAAUUCAAACAUUAUGCAGUGGGGUCUGGUAGACCCAGGAAAGCUUGUUAGUCCUCUUAACCGAGGUUAGCUGUGCAGACCUGGUCUGUGUCUGUGUAGCCAGAAGCACUUUCCCUCCAGGUACAAGCAGGGAGAGAGCUGAUUCUUGGAGAACUGCAAGAAUCUCUAAAGAGAGGAUAAAGCUGUUGGGAGGGAUCGUUUUCCCUGGGAGCUUGCAUCCGUCUUGUCGUUCAUCUCCAUUCUGUGCAUGCACAUCAGGACUCCUGUAGCCUGAGCCAUCCGAUUCCCCUGUGUCCUACAGCAAAGGCUGCAGUUUUUUCUUCUCCCUCAACAGCCUGCUGUGAUUUUUUUUUUUUUUUUUUUAAAACUGGGAGGUCGGUUCCCAAUAUUUUUAUAGGGCGUAAGUGUUCAAAGUCUUUGGCUCUGAAAGUUUUAGCCGACGAUCCGGUGAAGGACAGAGUGCUCCAUUGCAGAGACUUGGGAGGCGUCAGGCACCCCGUGGGUCAGACCCGGAGCCUGCCUGGCUGGGGCCCCGGAUGGGACGCCAGAGGUGCUACGGUGUAAGCGGAGUCACUCCAAAUUCACACUGAGUAACUGGAAGACAAAACUGGCUCCUGGAAAGGGACAGGGAGGUUGUCCUAGCUAGGUGGAAUUGAUUUGCAACUUUUGAAAACUGUCUCUACAUGUGCCUUAUCUAAUAAAAUAUUAGUUCACGAAGGAGAACUCUUCCUUCUGCAUCGCCCCUACAGAACUUCCCAUUUGCUCUAUUAACUGUUCCUGUGUCAUACUGUAAAUACUAAGUGAAGUACAGCUUGGAGUCUGCAUGACACCUUUGUUACUAGGGCCAAAGCGAAAGCAAACACGAAUCAGAGGGCAGAGCUUCCAUGAAUUUCCGUUUACAAGCAACACUGGCGCCCUGCUGCAGAACCAGCCUUUUGCUGGGUCUGGGAUGUUUAGCGUGCUCCGAACACAAGGGGUUGUUGGUUUUUUUUUUUUUGUUCUUGCGAGUGUGCAGUGUGCUUGUAAGUACGAACGCUUGAAGCCUUCUUAACAGAACACGACCUGAUUGCGUUGUCAAGCUUUUAGGUGCCUUUGUCUUGUGUCAAGCGUAAUUUUAAGUGUUCUUUGUCGCUUGCCAUUAGAGUGAUAAAAGAACAACCUGUUGAUUAACUCCCUGGAAAUACGAUUGCACUACAGGGGAGUGAGGGGAGGUUAGCGGGCCCGAAUGCGAGGUUUGCCGUACUUGGAAGCCAGAACAUGGUGCACCCAUGUACCACGCUCCCUCCGCCCCUGCCCCUCGCCAUCCUCAGCCUCUUGCCAAAAUUUUUCAAAAGUGAUUGGUGUCUGUCCUUUUUUAUUGUGUCAGGUUGGAGAUCCCUUGCCAGGGACUCUGUAUCCUGCUUCUCUUUUUUUUCUUUCUUUUUCCCCUUGGAUAAUCUGGGGGCUGUUUUGAAGCAUCCACAUUCAGUCAUGUUGAAAAUGCUUGGUGCAAGGAGAGGGGGUACUUAGGAGCCUGCCCACCAAAAUGCUUGGAGCCAGACACCAAAAUCGCGCCCCGUUAGCGUACACUGCCUGAGAUCUCUGCAGAGCAUAAACGAGCCUCUGGGUGGGAUCUGCCAUCUCGCAUUCCCCCUCCAUCCUCUUUGAUGCCAGUAACCGUAAUUCCAGAAAGUUGACUCAACGCGCUGCCUGAACUACCGCGGCUUGUUUUUUUGGACUUCUAUGUUUUUAAAUGUUUACAUUAGAUUUCUAAGACUUCUUAACACCAUUAACCUGGACCUGGCUCCCGGUUUUGUUCGGCAUCACGUGGCGUGUAUGUGUGCGAUGUUUCAUGUCACUCGUGGAGCUCUGGUUUUUUGUUUGUGUUUUUUCUCCUGAUCACAAGACAAUAAAUGCUCAUCCUGUGCUUGAUGAGAAGAACUGGC